CAUUCCACCUAACUAGUUGUAGGUAAAUAUAUAUAUCAGAUUUAACUAAUGUAGCGCUUCUCCGGAUAUUCAGGAAAGCAAUUUCGCUUUUCAAAUGUUUGCGAUUUGAGAAACCCCCGAAAAGACGUCGAUGAUGGCGAGAAGAAUGGCCACCAAGGUGUACAGAUUGUUCAGGAACCUGGGCAUAGUGGGAUAUAGCUCGAAAAAGAACAUCUUCGGCAUACACCCUCUGGUUAUAUCCACCACCUACAUAGGACUGUCCAUUGGCAUAUGCUAUCUCCUCAGAAGAACGGUGAAGAGUUGGAUGAGCGACAAUGUGUUCAGAGACAUUCUUCUGGAAUUCCUAACCACGCUAGAAAUGUGCAUUUCUUUCUUCGAGUUGAUCGUAGUAACCGAAAAUUGGGGUAUCCAAGCCUACGCAGUAUUUCUUUUCCUUCUCGUGCUCCUCUGGGAUAAAACCUGGACGGACGCUUCAGCGUGCCCUUAUACAGCCAUGGAAGAAGUACUGGAAGGCCAGAGGGACUACUCCAACGCUGCUCUGAGGAUAUUCGGACAGAUAGCAGGGGGCUUAGUCACCUUCUCCUUGGUCCAGCUGUUCUGGGCCAUGGAACUGGUCCAUACGCACAAGGGCAAAGCUUUCGAAGACUGUACCGCGGAUUUGCAGGUACCGAUGUGUAUGGGGGCCUUCAUCGAAGCGCUUGGUACUUGCCUGUGCCGGCUGAUAGGCAGAUGGUUGAGCUUCACCGAAAAUAGGUUCACCAGUUUGAUCAACGCGUUUUGCACGACGAUUAUAGUGGUUGCUGCCUUCGAUACAACUGGGGGAUACUUCAAUCCUGCUCUGGCUACGUCCCUAAAACUAGGUUGCGAAGGCAAUACGUUCAUGGAACACUUUGUCACCUACUGGGUAGGUGCCAUAAUCGGUUCGGUAGCAGCCCAUUACAUUUUCAAGAGCCAAAAAGUUCAAGAUUACCUGGAGGGACUCAAACCAAAAACAGAUUAGGACUGAAGAAAAUCCACCGAAAUGUUUACUUAAGUUUUGCUUCCCGAAUGUAAAUAUUUUUGUCGAAUUCAACCUUAUUUCCAAUAAAUUGCCGAUCGAUAAA